AUGCCUUUCUUCGGUGCCGGUCGAAACACGGCCUAUGGCCCCGACAGUGGCCCUCCACCCCCAACUAGUCAGAACCCAUAUGGAUCAGGCUUUGGGUUCGGCUACACACCACAGCCUUACGGCUACUAUCCACAGCUGUACCAACAGUACCAACAUUAUUACAAUACUUAUAGCCGCCCCUACAGCAUUGCAGCGCCAGGCGGCUAUGUCACAAACGCGGUGAACCCGACGCAGUACCCUGCAACAAAUCAAGCCCCGGCCGGAAACCCGGUCAUCAACCCCUCGAUACCAGCUGUCAACUUGACCAACUCCACCGGCGGAGUAGGAUGUGAGCCGGGGUACAACUACUUCUUUCCAGCAGAGCACACUAAGAUUCAUGUCUUCAAGACCAACGACACCCCACCAUGGCAGCUGCCGGUGAACUUCACCGCUCCCUUUCAUGCCUGCCAUGUCCCUACCAACACCACUAUCGGCCAACUGCUCAAGGGCUUCGGAGCAUGCAACCCCAAUCCGGAACUCAACAAGGUGAUCGAGGUCCACCAGGGCGGCAACGGGCGCUGGUACAAAGGAAUGUCAUUCAGGGGGGAUGACAAGGAUGCUAUGAAGCAGACCAUCAAGGAGGUCGGUUGGGACUCGUCCCGAAACGGGCUGCGAGGUGGAAAGCCCGUUGUGCACUUGUACGUUGUGAAGGGCUGA